UUAUUAUGACUGAUGACAGAAGACAAAAGUGAAAUUUGGGAUUAGAAGAUUUUCAUCUUCUCAUCUAACCAUGCUUUUAGGAAAUUGCGCUUUAUAUGUAUUGAGUAACCUUUUUUAAACUUGCCGUCCAAAACUAACAAUCUAAUCAUCAAUGGAAUUGACCAAACCAAACGUUAACGUUGAUGAAACGAAAAUGGUCAAAAAAGAGUCAGUUACUGAUGAAGAUAUACCAUUAAGUUUUGUACAAGAGAGACAUUUAGAACCUUUGGUCGGAAUGGAAUGUGUAACACAAAUGUGGCGAUUAAAAGAGAGAAUGAAAACUGUCAGUGUUGCUCUAGUUUUAUGCUUAAAUGUUGGAGUGGAUCCACCAGAUGUAAUCAAAACUCAACCUUGUGCAAAACUUGAAUGUUGGACAGAUCCUACUGCAAUGUCUUCAUCCAAAGCUUUAGAAAAAAUUGGACAAAAUUUGCAAGCUCAGUAUGAGAGAUGGCAACCCAGAGCAAGAUAUAAACAAUCUUUAGAUCCAACUUCAGAUGAUAUUAAGAAAUUAUGUACUUCCCUCCGCAGAAGUGCAAAAGAGGAAAGAGUUCUUUUCCAUUAUAAUGGCCAUGGAGUACCCAAGCCUACCUCCAAUGGUGAAAUAUGGGUAUUUAAUAGAACAUAUACUCAGUACAUUCCGCUUUCUAUUUAUGAUUUGCAAACUUGGAUGGGGGCUCCAUCUAUAUAUGUAUAUGACUGUUCCAAUGCUGGAACUAUUAUUGAAUCCUUCAAGCAGUUCGCUAAUCAACAUGAACAGGAGAAUGAGCAAUCUGUAUCCCAAACAGGAAGAAAUCCUCAACCUCUUGUAUCAUUCAAAAAUUGCAUACAGCUAGCUGCUUGCAGUGCUAAUCAGGGAUUACCAAUGAAUCCAGAUUUACCAGCUGAUUUGUUCACCUCAUGUUUAACAACGCCAAUAAAGGUUGCAUUGAGGUGGUUUAUUCUGCAACCUUCUUCCAAAUUAAUGCCAAAGGUCGGCUUGGAGCUACUAGAUAAAAUCCCUGGUCAAAUAACUGAUAGACGGACAUUAUUAGGAGAGUUGAAUUGGAUAUUUACGGCAAUAACAGAUACAAUUGCGUGGAAUACAUUGCCAAGAGAAGAACCUUUUCAACAUUUGCCUUUUUUUGAAGAACAGUUGACUGCAUUUCAGGUGUGGCUAGAGCUGGGAUCAGAAGAAAGGGAUCCACCAGAGCAAUUACCUAUAGUUUUGCAAGUUUUACUCAGCCAGGUUCAUAGAGUGAGGGCAUUGGAAUUACUUGGCAAAUUUCUCGACCUUGGACCCUGGGCGGUUAAUCUUGCUUUGUCUGUUGGAAUAUUUCCAUAUGUUCUGAAAUUGCUCCAGAGUUCUGCUGCGGAACUCCGACCAUUAUUGGUAUACAUCUGGGCCAAAAUACUGGCUGUUGACAAUGUUAGAGCAGCUGCUGUAUAUGCCUUUGGAACAUUCAUAAAUUCUGUAACUGAACGUUCCGAACACGCAAACAAUGUUGAUCAUUCUGUUGUAAUUACAUUAGUGAAUAUGAUUACCAACGAUAUGUGUCCCAUGGUACGUAAAGAACUGAUAAAUGCAUUGCAGUGGAUGGUACUAGCAUUUGAACCAGCAUUCAUAAAUGUUGCUCUCAAGGAACCCAGUAUUUCUUCAAAUAGAGACAGCAUAAUGACAUCAGAUUUGAAAAGGAUGGAAAGUAGAGAUUCGUUAGAGAGGAUGAAAAGAGUGGCCUCUAGUUCAGCUAUCAACAAUAUGAGUCAUCAAGGGUUGACACAAAAUUAUUGCGGAAGUCCAAGUAUUCUACCUUCUCUCGGAGGAUAUAAUUCCAUUUACAUGAAAAUAUGGAUAGCUUUGUGUUCGUUAGAGAUCGACCCUCAUCCAGAUGUUGCCAGAAUGGCCUGUACUGUUACUGGUCAUAUUAGAGCAAUAGUCAAAGAACAUCGUGAAUAUGCUGAUAACCUUUUGAGCACCAUGAAUAAUUCCAGUUUGAGUUUACCACCUAGUCCGAAUAAGGGAAAUUACUUUUCUGGCGAGAGUCCCCCCACUCUUCAUCCGACUGGAGAUUUACCAAAGUACACUAGAUCUAUUUUGGCUAACAGAAAUAAAAAAAUGCACAAAAAUAAUAUGAAUGAAAACAACCAAGAUAAAAUUCAAUUUUGUCGUAAGCCUUUGGUUCGUACAAAGUUUGUGGAAUGGUCUUCGAAGAGAUUUGCGCUAACCAACAAAAAAGAAAAGUGUGUUGGAGACAUUGAAUCGUCCAUUUUUCAUGAAAGAAACUGGAGACAGACAAGAAAUACUAACAUAAGAUUAGAAGCAGAUGAGGAACAUAGACGAGCUUCAGCUUACAGAAUAGAUUCGCAAAUGUUUCAAAUUAGAACUGCAGUACCUCCAAGUUUAUUACAGCUCCAUCCAUUUGAUCAACAAAUAGCUGUUUCUGGAAAUGACAGUUUUGCGUAAGUU